GCGCUCUCAUCACCAACUUUCUUUUCAAUUCUUGGUUCGUUUAGGUUGGGCGUCGCAUUCUUUCCAUUUCUUUCAAGGAAGCCAAAGGAAGCCAACGUACACAAAUAGCGAUUCAAAUUGCAAUUCAGGUGCUUUCGAAGUUUUCUGAUUAGCGAAGGAAGAAAAAUUGUUAUAGAAAAAGAAAGAAAAAAUGGGUAAGGUAAAAGCAUUGAAACAUAAUGCAAAUAAAGGAAAACAGCAAUUGCAUGAAAUAAAAGGUGGUUCCGUAAAAAAGAACAAAGAUUCCAAAUUCAAAAAUACAUCCAAAGAUCAAAAGCCUGUUCCAAAUAAAAAGAUUUCAAAGAAAUAUUGGGAUCAAAAGUCUUCUCCAAACAAAAAACAAAAUUUCAAACAAAGCAAGAAUUCAAACAAAGCACAAAAAAUUGAUAAGAAGACUUUCAACUCUAAAAAAGUGGAAAAGCAAUUAGAUAAAUCUGAUUCUAACACCAUUGAAAGUGAGGAUGAUAGUUCAAAUAAAUCAGAUGAAACAUUUGAAAGCGAUUCAGAUAUCCCAGAUAUUUUUGACAAGAGCUUAGGAGAAGAUGAUGAAGAUGAAGAUUGUGAAAAGGAUGAGGAAGAAGAAGACACGGAUAGUGAUGAUGAAUCUGAUGAAGAAGAGAUGGACGAUGAUGAUGGCAGUGAUGAAGAAGAGAUGAGUGAGCAUAAAGGUGUAAAAAUGUUUAAAGGUUUACAAUCUAAAAAUAAGAAAAAUCAAAAGGAGGAUGAAAUCGAAAGCAAUACAACUGAGAAUACAACUGAGAGUGAUGAUGAUGAUGACGAGGAUAAUACAGAUGAAGAUGAAAAUAAAGACAAGGAAAAGCAAAAAAAGAAAGAUAAUAGAAUUACUAAAAAUUACGCUGAAAUCUUAGAUCUUACUUCUGAUUCAGACUAUUCCAAUGAUACUACUGAUUUUAGCGAUGAUGAGAAUGCAGAAUUAGGUACAAAAGCACUUUUGGAGCAAAGUAUUGCAGACGACGAUGAUGAUGAAGAUUUUAAUGGAGAAGAUAAAGAUAGUAGUGAUGAAGAUGAUAUUAGUAGUGAAGUUGAAGAAGACAGUGAGAAUGAUGAUGUAAAAAAGGAAGCCAAUGAAAAUGAGAACAGUAUUAUACGAAGAUUUAACAUAACACAACAAGAAAAAGAUGAUAUAGCAAAAAGAAUUGUUCUCAUUGAUAAUAUCCCAAAAACAACGCCUAGAGCUGUGAUAGAAAAAGUAUGUAGGGAACAUGGAAAAUAUCAGAUAUUUGAAGCAAAACCUUAUCCAGCAUUCUUUCUUGAUGAAGAAGAAGAUAUGGAACAAAUAGAACCUUUGGAAUGGAUAAAUCGGGAUUAUCCACAUCUAGAAACAUUCUCAGUAAAUGUCCUAUAUUCUAAAAGACGAAGCGCUCUGAUUGCAGUGAAGUAUAUGCAUGGACUGAUGUUCGGAAGAAAUUUUUUAAGUGCAGUAACUGCUGAUAAAAUUGUUCAAGAGCCUCCCCAUGCUGUAUAUAUAACAGAUCUAAAAAAGACAAUGCCUGACAACUGUAUCUGGGACAUGUUUAAUCGAUGUGGAUUCAUAAUGCGUUUCCGAAAUGUACGUGAUUCAAUAACGGGAUUAAGUAGAGGAUUUGGUUACGUCUCCUUUAAAACUGAGGACUCUGUAAAGACUGCUCUUACAUAUAGCAAUGAAAAAAUUGAUGGAUGGCGAAUUAAAGUGAUGCCAUAUCCCUAUUGUGAGAAAUCAUUUGUUAAAAAAUUAGAAAAAGAAACAAGACAAAGGAAUCAACCAAUUCUUGAAAAUGGAAAGAGAAUUCUUGAAAAUGAUAAUCGAUCAUCGAAAAAGUUUAAGAAGAGUUCGGGAGAGCCUGCUAAUGUUGAACCUGAAAGAAACAUUAAGAAGCAAAAAAAGCAAGAGGAAGAUAAAAAAAAGUCUACUGCAUUUCAAGGUCAAAUGGUCGAAUUAAAAAAUAAAAAUAAGAAAAACAAACUUGAUAAGAAAAACAAGAAAAUGGCAGAAAAGCUUGCAGCUACAUCUAAAAAAACAAAAAAAAAUUAAGUUAAUAUUGUCAUAUUUUAUGAAUUCUUAGACAUACUAUUAAUUUUUUUGACGUUUUUUUAACAAUCGAAGAUAUUUUUCGAGCGUUCAUUUAAUUUUGAAAGAAGUAUUGGCACUGUAAUGAUACUAUAAUCUGUAGAAAUUUAAUAUUGUAAUAUAUGUUAUGGAUUGGUUAGACAAUUAUCACGCGAGUUUUUAUUUUCAAAAACAUUGUGUUCAUAUCCGUUUAAUAUUGAAGAAAAAAAUAGAUAUUGACAAUGUUACAAGGGACACUACAGUUCUCAUUAAAACUGUGAUCACACAUAAUGUAAACGAGAAUACCUCCAAUAUAUUAUAUUUCCUCGUAUACUGUUAUAAUGUAACUGCCAUUGCUUUUUAAUAAAUAACGUUUGACAAAAAAGAAA